CACAAUACACUCCCGCCUUCUCAAAUCCCCCAUCGCGCCAAAUCUCUCCGCACCUCCUCCAACCAGAGCCAGUCGCCAUGGACGCCUCUGCCACCGGCGCCGUCUCCAAGGCGAAGAAGUACGUGGUGGGGCGCAAGCUCGGCGGCGGCCCCAGGAAGAAGGCGGUGGCGCGGUCCGUCAAGGCCGGGCUGCAGUUCCCCGUCGGUCGCAUCGGCCGCUUCCUCAAGAAGGGCCGCUACGCGCAGCGCGUCGGCAUGGGCGCCCCCGUCUACCUCGCCUCCGUCCUGGAGUACCUCGCCGCCGAGCUUCUGGAGCUCGCAGGGAACGCCGCCAAGGACAACAAGAAGUCCCGCAUCAUCCCGCGCCACCUGCUUCUCGCCAUCCGGAACGACCAAGAGCUCGGCAAGCUGCUCGCCGGCGUCACCAUCGCGCAUGGCGGCGUGCUGCCCAACAUCAACCCCGUGCUGCUCCCCAAGAAGACGGCCGAGAAGGAGCCCAAGUCGCCCAAGAAGGCCCCCAAGUCCCCCAAGUCCCCCAAGAAGGCUUAGUCGAUUACUGUCCAGUGCUUCGUAGUAGAAUUAGUGUUCGCUGUUUGGGUAAUGGUGUCGAUGUAGUAAUGUUCUGUUCUGCUUUAAGAAAAAUGUCAGAAAUCUCUCUGACUUACAGUAAA